AUGCUUUCUGUUUCCAUUCUCUCAGCCGUCUUGCUGACCUCUCGUCAAGCACUAGCAGCAUCCUGCUCAAACUUCACCAUCACCACCGACAACAUAGACGAUACCUAUACCAAAACAAGCGAUCGCAGUUAUGUUAUCAGCCAGGGCAUCAAUUGCCCUUCUACCCAAAACUGCACGAUCCCAAUCGGUGGCUACAUAACCGUUGGUCGCACCCUCAACAUCACCACCGACUCAGCGGAUUCCCUUUUCGACACCAUCGCCUCGACUGUCGACAUCCCUUGGAACAAAACCACCACUCAGCAAGUCGGCACUGAAUACAAAAGUGGCUAUAAUGUCCGCAAUGGCACAUCCGUUCACGUGAACUUCACGCCCUAUCUCAGGUGCGCAACCGGUAGACUCUCAGGUUGUGAUGGGGGCGACUUGGAGGAUAUGGUUGUUGAGGCUUGCACGCCAUACUCGAUUGCUGGAGGUCUGGCCGGUGACAUUGGUCCUGUCUUCACGGAUCCUGAGGCUGCAGCUGCUUUGACAUGUAACCCCUCGAACACAACUCAGGCCAUGAACGGUAACUACACAGGUAGCUGUGACUCUACGACUGGCUCUGGUGGCGAUACUGGUGAUGCUAGUAACUUUGGAGGCGUUUCAGUCUUGCUCCUGUCCGGAUCUCUGCUGGUGGCUGUCAUGGGUUUCUAG